CCCGAUACGGGCGACGUCCUGCAGCAGAUCAUGGCCAUCACCGACCGGAGCCUGGAGGAGGCGCGGGCCAGAAAGCAUGCUCUGAAUUGCCAUGGGAUGAAGCCUGCUCACUUCAGUGUGCUCUGUGAGAUCAAGGAAGACAGCCCUGCCUUGGAUAGAUGCUGCUGAAUCCAUAAGAAAUGCCACUGCCACUACCACCCCAGCGCUCCAGACGUGAGACUAAGAAAUCUCAGUCCAGCAAAAUUGUGCCCAGUGAUCAUGGCCCAUCUGAAAAGAGAGAGGAGAAUUACCAAGCAAAGAUAUCUCCAUCUUCACCUCAGGGACCACUGAAAAAGAGGUCAGCUUUUGAAGAUCUCACCAACGCUUCUCAAAGUCAACCUGCCAAGCCCAAGAAGGAAGCCAGUAAUGAGUUUGUUAAAGAUGUUUCCAAGAAGAAAAACAGGAACACACCUGCUCGUGGGUAUAAGCUGGAACUCUCACCAGUAGUAGUUUCAACCACCAUGGUACCAAAUAUUAUAGAUAAACCGCUCAUUCUGGAGAUACCUACCAGCUCCAAGACACCCACUAUUGAGGAGACAUCUCUUUUCAAAAAGCCUUUCAUUUUAAAAGAGGAACCCACUACUGAGGAUACAAUCCUCAUCAAGAGGUCAUUAAAGAAGAGCACAAAUCAGGGGGAGGUGUCCCUCUUGGAGAAGCCACUAUCCUUGCAGGAGGAGACUGACAAUGAUGUUGUAGAGCCAAUGACUUUUGGAAAGAAGCAUAAAACUGAGAAGGCAGCCAUCAACAAGGGUACAUUAUCUUUAAAGAAUAUGUGCACACAUCAGGGGAAGCAGUCCUGCACGAGGGAGGAGUUGGCCUUGCAGGACAUCAAUGUUGAAGAGGAUUCUUUCUUUAUGGAGCCCACGAACUUUAGGAAGAAGCCUAAAACUGAGGAGGCAACCCCCACCAAGAAGCUGUUAUCUUUAAAGAAAAAGUGUACCACUCAGGGGAAGGUGUCCUGUAUGAAGAAGCCACUAGUAUUGCAGAAGAUCACCUCUGAAGAGAAGUCACUCGCUAAGGAGCUGUUGUCUUUUAAGAGAAAGCCUACCACUGAGAAGGAGUGCCUUUUCCAGGAACUAUCUGCAUUGCCAAAGAAGCACACCACUGAACAAGAGGUGUCCAUCUUGAAGAAAUCAUUGGCCUUGCAGGAGAAGAUCGACACUGAAGAGGAUUCCGUCUUUAAGGAACCAUUGGCUUUUAAGAAACAACCUACCACAAUGGAGACAACCCUCACCACAAGGCCAUUAUCUUUAAAGAAGAAGUGCACUACUCAGGGGAAGAUAGCCCACUUGAAGAAGCCAUUAGUAUUGCAGAAGACCAUCUCUGGAGAGAAGGCACUCAUUAAGGAGUCAUUGUCCUUUAAAAAGAGGCCUACCACUAAGGAGGAGUCCCUCUUCCAGGAGCUAACUGUGUCUCAAGAGAAGCACACCACUGAUGGGGAGGUUACCCUUUUGAAGAAGCCAGGGGCAUUGCAGGAGAAAAAGGAUGGUGAAGAUGAAUUUCUUAUGGAGCCAAUUUCCUUGAGGAAGAAGCAUACUACUAAGGAGGCAACCCUUUCCAAGAAGCCAUUACCUUUAAAGAAGAAGCGUACCACUCGGGGGAAGAGGUACCACUUGAAGAAGCCACUAGUAUUACAGAAGAUCACCUCUGAAGAGAAGUCACUCAUUAAGGAGCCAUUAUCCUUUAAGGAGAAGCCUACCACUAAGGAGGCCCUUUUCCAAGAGCCAUCAGCAUUGCAGGAGAAGCACACCACUCAGGAGGAGGUGUCCAUCUUGGAGAAGCCGUUGGUCUUGCAAAAGACCCCAACUGAGGAGGAGUCCCUUUUAAAGGAGCCUUUGGCUUUUAACAAGAAGCGUACCAUUGAGGAGGCAACCUCCUCUAAUAAGCUGUUAUCUUUAAAGAAGAAGUGUACCAGUCAGGGUAAGAUGUCCUGUUUGACCAAGCCACUAGUAUUGCAGACCAGUUCUGAAGAGAAGUCACUCAUUAAGGAGCCAUUAUCCUUUAAAAAAAAGCCUGCCACUGAGGAGGAGUCCCUCUUGAAGAAACCAUCUGCACUGCAAGAGAAGCACACCAUUCAGGGGGAUUUGGCCCUCUUGAAGAAGCUAUGGGCAUUGCAGGAGAAUAUAGACAGUAAAGAUGAAUUUCUUAUGGAGCCAGUGUCAUUUAGGAAGAAACAUACCACAGAUGUGGCAGUCUCUACCAAGGAGUCAUUAUCUAUAAAGAAGAAAAAGUGUACCACUCAAAUGAUGAUGCCUAUCUUCCAAGAACAGUUGGACUUGCAGAAUAUGAUUGGUGAAGGUAAGGACUCCUCCUUUAUGGAGCCAAUGUCAUUUAAGAAGAAGUCUUCAACUGAUGAGGCAAUUCUUACCAAGACACCGGUAUCUUUAAAAAAGAGGCAAAUCACUCAGGGGAAGACGUUCCUCUUAAAGAAGCCACUGGUCAUAGAGAAGACUACCUCUGAAGAGGAGUCACUCUUUAAGGAGCUGUUGCCCUUUAAAAAGAAGUCUACAACUGAAGAGGAGUUCCUCUUCCAGGAUCCAUCUGUACUGAAAGAGAGACACACCACUCUGCAAGAGGUGUCCCUCUCAAAGAAGCCAUUGGCCUUGCAGGAGAAUAUCACCACUGAAGAAGAAUCAUAUAUUAAGGAGCAGUUGACCUUGGAGGAGAGGUCUACCACUGAGGAGGAAUUCUCCUUUCAGGAGCCAUUUUCAUUGCAUGUUAAACCUACCAACAAAGAUGAGUUCCUCUUCAGGAAGUCUUUUGCCUUGCAGAAGAAGACUGAUAACAAAGAGGACUCCUUGAAGGCACUGUUGGCUUUGCAGGAGAAAAGCACCACUGAAGAGGAAUUCCUUUUCAAGAAACCAUUGGUUCUGAAGGAAGAGCUCUCCACUGAGGUGACAGUGAGCAUAGAGGGGCAAUUAUCUUUAAAGAAGAAGCCCACUGCUCAGGGGGAGGUGUUCCUCUUGAAAAAGCAGUUGGCCUUGCAAGAAAACAUCACCAGUGAAGAGGAGUCCCUUAUUAAGCAGCCACAGGCCUUGCAGGAGAGGCCCAGCAUUGAAAAGGAGACCAUCCUGAGGGAGUCCUUGACCUUGCAGGAGAAUCUCACAACUGAGGAGGAGGCUAUCCUGAAGGAGCCCCUGGCCUUGCAGGAGAAUCCCAGCAUUGAGAAGGAAAUCAUCUUGAGGGAGUCCUUGGCCUUGCAGGAGAAGCCCACGAGUGAGAAAGAGACCCUCUUCGAGGAGCCCUUGGCCUUGCAGGAGAACCCCACAAUUGAGGAGGAGGCUAUCCUGAAGGAGCCCUUGGCCUUGCAGGAGAAGCCCAGCAGUGAGAAAGACUUGUCUUCCAAGGAGCCAUUGGCCUUGCAAAAGAAUCUCACUCACAAAGAAGACACAUUUCUCAAAGAUUUCAUCAUCCUCCAAGUUGAAACCAGCCCACAUGUGUCCACCACUGCCCCUGACUCUAGAACAGGCUUGUCCAGCACUGUCACCGUGUCCAGUGUGGGCAAGUUCAGUACCACAAGCCAGUCCAGUACUUGUGAAUCCAGUUCCAAUAAACCUUUCUCAUCUCAGGACAAGAGAUCAGAGAAGGAGAUGACCCCACUGGAGGAUGUUGACAAGGACCACAGUGAUCCAUUUUUCAACUCAAUAUAUAUUAAGGAUAUCUUCAGUUACAUGAAGGAGAGAGAGGAAAAGUUCAUACUUAAAAAAUACAUGACCAGGCAGACUGAUAUCAACAGUGACAUGAGGGCCAUUCUCGUGGACUGGUUGGUGGAGGUGCAGAUGACCUUUGAGAUGAGUCAUGAGACCCUAUACUUGGCAGUGAAGCUGGUAGAUCACUACCUUAUGGAGGUAAUAUGCAAGAGGGACAAGCUACAACUCCUUGGUUCCACUGCUUUUCUGAUUGCAGCAAAAUUUGAGGAGCCCUGCCCACCUUGUGUGGAUGACUUCCUGUACAUCUGUGAUGAUAUGUAUAAGCGAGAUGAGAUGCUCGCCAUGGAAAACAGCAUCCUAAAAACCCUCGAAUUUGAUAUCAACAUUCCCAUCGCCUAUCAUUUUCUGCGCAGAUAUGCUAAGUGUGUCCAUGCCAGCAUGAAGACACUGACCUUGUCCCGCUUCAUCUGUGAAAUGACCCUGCAGGAAUACGACUAUGUCCAGGAGAGGGCUUCCAAGCUAGCUGCUGGCUCCUUCCUCCUGGCCCUCUACAUGAAGAAGCUCGGACACUGGGCUCCUACCCUGGAGUAUCACAGUGGCUACAAGACCUCUGAUCUACACCCCUUGGUCAAGCAGCUGAACAUCCUGCUGACUUUGCGUUCGUGCAAUAAGCUCAAGGCUGUGCAUUCCAAGUAUUCCCACCAGGUCUUCUUUGAAGUCACCAAAAUCCCACCCUUGGACAUGUUGAAACUGGAGGAGAUUUUGAACUGCUGCUAAUUCUGAGGUUGAGGAUCUGGCACUCUGGAAGCAGCCACCAGGGCCAGGCAGACGUGUAAAUAGGCUGUAUUUAUUCUGUCCUUGAAUUUGUCUUUUCAUCACUUUUCUUCAUUUUUACUGUUUGUCUUUUCCCAAACUGAUAAUGUUGUAAAUAUUUGUGUUUUUUUAUGAAAGAGAAGAAAUUAUUGUUGUAUUUGAUUAGAAAUUUAAUAAAAAUUAAUGGUUGUU